AUGACAGACACGAGCAAGACCCCCUCUGACCAGCUGGUGACCGACGCCAACAAGGCGUUCUACGCGCUCACCGCGGCGGAGUACGACAAGAUGGGCCGCGGCAUGGUGGUGGAAGUGGCCAAGACGAACGCGGCCAACAUCCUGGCGCGCGUGCCGGGCAUCGACGCCUCGUCGACCGAGCUCAUGGACUUUGCCGCAGGCACGGGUCUGCUAGCCACGUUUGUUGCGCCGCGCUGCAAGAGCGUCACCGCCGUCGACCAGUCGGAGGCCAUGAUCGACCAGCUGCGCCAGAAGCUCGACGCGCAGCAGGAUGCUGCGAAUCGCAUCAGCAACAUUGUGCCCGUCGUCACGGAUAUUCUCGUCGAUGGCGAAUCGGAGAUCACUGGGAGACAGUACGAUGUGAUCACGUGCACCAACUCGUACCACCACCUGAGCGAUCCUGCCAGGGUGACGCAGGUGCUGGCCAGCUACCUCCGUCCCGGCGGCCACCUUGCCGUGGUCGAUCUGAACAAGACAGAGGACUCGGCUGAGUUCCACACUGCCCCCAGGACCGUCGAGCAAGAGGACGGAUCGCAUAAGCAAGUCGACGAUUUUGCGGCCGAGACCAACGAGCACUCGCAUGCACACGGUCAUGGCGGCCACCAUCCCGGCCACGGCCACAGCCACAGCCACAACCACGAACACGUCAUCGCCCACCGCGGCGGCUUCACACAGGCCGAAAUGGAGGCCUUCUUCUCGGGCGCCGGACUGAAGCUGGUUGACAUGGGCAAGUCGGCGCAGUUUGUCAAGGACGGCAAAGCGUACGACAACUUUCUCGCCAUCGCCCGCAAACCACUCUAG